CAUGAGGCUUGUGUAUCAAUGAGCUGAAGCACUCCGUCUGGCCCGCACAGGAACAGGGAAAACACCGAGACACUACCACUGAAAAAACGCAGCUAGUUUGACAGUUACGUCGUUAACGCAAUAUAUCUGUACUUAGUUAUCAGCAGACGUGGCCAUAAUGAUGAACGGACAGAUGAACGGUUUCCACAACUCCCUCAUUGACGAGGACUGCUUCUUGUUCACCUCGGAGUCGGUCGGAGAAGGACAUCCCGACAAGAUUUGCGACCAGAUCAGUGAUGCGGUGCUGGAUGCUCACCUCAAGCAGGACCCGGAUGCCAAAGUUGCAUGUGAGACUGUUGCCAAGACUGGGAUGAUCCUGCUGGCCGGUGAGGUGACAUCAACUGCUGUAGUGGACUAUCAGAAAGUAGUUCGCGACACCAUCCGCCACAUUGGAUAUGAUGACUCCUCAAAAGGCUUUGACUAUAAGACCUGCAAUGUUCUUGUGGCCUUGGAGCAGCAGUCUCCUGAUAUUGCCCAGGGUGUUCACAUUGACCGCAAUGAGGAGGACAUCGGGGCAGGGGACCAGGGCUUGAUGUUUGGCUACGCCACUGAUGAGACUGAGGAGUGUAUGCCUCUCACCAUUGUCCUUGCCCAUAAGCUCAAUGCCAAGAUGGCUGAGCUGCGUCGCAAUGGCACCCUGCCAUGGCUUAGGCCAGACUCAAAGACCCAGGUGACUGUUCAGUACCGCCAGGAUCGUGGCGCCAUGCUUCCAGUGCGUGUGCACACCAUUGUCAUUUCUGUGCAGCAUGAUGAGGACGUGUGCCUGGAAGAGAUGAGAGAUGCUCUGAAGGAGAAGGUCAUCAAGGCUGUGGUUCCUUGCAUCUACUUGGAUGAUGACACAAUCUACCAUCUGCAGCCUAGCGGACGCUUUGUCAUUGGAGGCCCACAGGGAGAUGCUGGCCUGACUGGGCGUAAAAUCAUCGUUGACACCUAUGGAGGUUGGGGUGCCCACGGUGGCGGGGCCUUCUCUGGAAAGGACUACACAAAGGUGGACCGCUCGGCUGCUUACGCUGCCCGGUGGGUUGCCAAGUCGCUGGUGAAGGCAGAGCUCUGCAAGAGAGUGUUAGUCCAGGUGUCCUAUGCCAUUGGAGUUGCCCAUCCCCUCUCCAUUUCUAUCUUCCACUAUGGGACCUCCCAUAAGAGUGAGAGGGAGCUGCUUGACAUUGUGAAGAAGAACUUUGACCUCCGUCCUGGGGUCAUUGUCAGGGAGCUGGAUCUGAAGAAGCCCAUGUAUCAGAGGACCGCGGCCUAUGGCCACUUUGGCCGAGACUCCUUCCCAUGGGAGGUGCCCAAAAAACUCAAAUACUAAACCUGUUAAGCUUUUCCCCCCAGGCUUGUUGGUGUAUACUACAGAGAAGCCUCCAAGAUCCCGGGGGUGAAAUGCCCUUAACCUCUCUUCUAAUGGCAUCAUUGAACCCCCAACUAUCCCUUCCUCACUCCACCUCCCUUUCUGUCUUGUUACCUGUUUUUUGCUGUUGACGAUAUCAUAAUAGAUCCUAGUUAAAUGCCUCAGAAAUUUUGAUGUUUAAGAAUAGGAUGGGUUGCAGAUACAUCACACUGAAACUUAAAUAUGCACCCUGUGCUUCAUGUUCUCCCCUUCUUGAGGUUCCCUCAUUUCUCCUGGUGAUGGACAGUGCACAGCUGCGGUCCAGUCAUUCUGUUUUGCAUUCCUCAUUCCAUCAAUAUCGACAGUCUUCUAUUCAGUGUAAUGGCGGUAGCAUAUUAGGGUAUAUGCAAUACCCCUCUUAAUUUUCUGGUGCUACUGAAGUAAGGAAUUUGUGGGAGAUGUAACAUUUGAAAAGUCCAAGUAGAAGCAUGAUUCAGGAGAUGCAGUGUUUGAUCUCUGAUCUCACACCUUCCCUAACAGUUAGUGUUUCUGUAAACAUUCCUCCUUUGUCAGCCUGGUACAACUUUUCCGUAACCCUUUGUUGUUUAUCCUUUUCUUAGCUUUAUUCCCUUGUCUUGUGGAGGAUGCUAGAAUGGCACAAUUAAGGGUCAUGGGUUGUUGCCGUUUGUAACAACAAAUGCUAUGCAUUGCAGGCUGAGGGGCGAGCCAAAUCUCGAUAAUUGUCAAGCUUUCAAAUGAACAGAAAGUCUCAGAUGCCCUUACAGACCUUUGCUGUUUUCUGACGUAAUACAGAAGAGUCAGAAGCUGCUAUGUCACUGCUCUGGUCUGGGGAGGCAUUGGUUAUACUUGAUUGGGAGGGAAAAAUUGGAUUGUUCUGGCUUGAAAUUAAAUUUUAAACAAGUCCUUGUUAAUGUAGUUUCACUUGUUUUUAUGCCUUGAAGUGACUAAAGACCCAUUUACUCCUUAAGUAUAUUGAUGGCAGGUGUAGCUACAGAGAAACCUGGAUCCCAUCCUUAUCCUGAAGGAGCAUUUUCUUUUUUCACAAGGAAAGUCUUAUUGGCUAAAAAUAGAAAUGAAACCUUUUACACUAUUUAUUUGUUCUCUGAAACUCGGCGUGGAUACAGAGAAGCUGAGCGUUCAGAAGGCAGCUUUAAACAUACCUGUUGGUUGAACUUUGCAUUCUUUGACAUGAGAGGAUCAUUACUUUUCAGUGUUUCACUUGUGGCUCCAAAGUGUCGUACAGAAAAGCUUUGGUGAGCCUCCACAAGGAAUUGUCACUGGCUAAUGUCAUUAGUUUUUUUUUUUUUUUUUUUUUUUUUUUUUUUUUUAACUUUUUUAUUUUUUUGUUGACCACAGAUCUUAUUUUUGGGUGAGUUUUGAAACCAUAAUGUCUGGUACAGUUUUCCUGACUCUUGCCUAUCAUCAUUAAUGGCAUGGCAACAUUUGGUUGGUGUUGUACAGAGAAACCAGCCUUGUUUACAUGGCCGUCCUUGGUGUUGAUAGGGUUUCAAGUUUUGGUUUUGUUCCCUUUUACCACUCAAAAGGUCAUCCGUUGGCUACAGUGAGUGCAAGAGUGCCUUUUCUAUUUCCUCUCCCCACCACCCCACCACUUUCUCCCCUUCUAUCAACAUGCGUCCAACUUCAAGAAGAGCAAGUAGCUUAUACUGUAUUAUGCUUCAUGUCUAGAAAUUGGAUACAGUUUCCUUAUGUUCUGUAAUAAAUGGCUACUCCCUUCA